AGGAUCCAGAAGUGGUGGGGUGAGCCAUUUCAAAGGAGUAGGCUCCGCUUUUCCGCUCGGUCCUCCGUUUGAAACACAACUCGAAAAAUGAAAUUGAAGUAUCAAAAGAAACACCAGCCGCUCGACCCAAUUAAACAAGCAUUUCGAAAGCUUGCACGUGCGCUUGGCAAGGCUUUCUUAUACCUAGGCACUCCACCCCUGUGUCCACUCCACCAGUCCAGUGCGUUGAGCCUACUGCACUGUCACUACCUAGGCGUCUGUCCAAUCUGCGCCCUGAGCUCCUUUUCCGGAAGCGGGACAUCAUGUUCGAGUCCGUGUUCUUCGUACUGCGGCAAUUCUACAACUUUGUCUGCCCCAUGCAAAUCUUCUACGAAAUCGAGGAUGCUGAACAAGUAGGACUCCAAGAGGAGUGGGAUAUUUGGAGGGAACUUUGAGAUUCGACGGCAUGACAACCAAACCAAUUGAUUAAUGGCGGGCUGGGCGGAAACCGUUCGCAAUAAAGAGAUCUCUCGCUUUUCCUCUUAAGUCACCCUGGUAACACCACUCCGAUUCGCACAUAAUUUUCGCAUAAAUUGUCAAAUGUUUAAAGCCUUGCCACUGAGCAACAGUCAAGGUAACCCAAGCCUGCGGAUUAAAUUUAUUGCUCCUA